CGCUGGGAUGUCACCGCCCUUGCAGGCUCUCGACAUGUAUGUGACUGUGUGACCUUGUUUGCUCGACUUACCCUCUACCUACAAGCUAAUAGAGACUGUUCUCUUCAUUUUACUGAUUAGAACUUUUUCAUAAACGGAUUUUAAAUUAUUAAACCUACACGUUGAUUCCAACAUGUGCAAAACGUACGAAAAUGCAUGUACUUAUACAUUUGAGUGUCUCACAACAUUUUUGUUUUAGGUGAACAGUGUUUUUUUAUCUUCAUAGACUGAUAAGAAAUAAUAUAUAAAUUUUUUUAUUACAUUUAUAUAGUUUUACUAGUGUAUUUUUUGUGUGAGAUAUCACAAGGCAUAAUUCACUGGUGUGGCGCCAAAACCAUUGACGUCAGGCAUGGUCUAGUGACCCUACGGUGAGAACAGUGCAUCAGAAUGCCGAUGUACAAUAGGGUGGGUCCCCCUUUCACAAGGUUUGUGUCUCCGUGGUCGACAGAUUUUACGGGAGAUAAUUGGUCUUAUUUUCCAACUCCGUGUUUCCAAUAAUCCUGUUGGAUUUUUGUUGGUGGAUUACUGUUGUGUUUUGUGCGACAUAGUUUUGUGAUCGACGUCCUGGGACUGGAUUACAUUUGUUAAUAAACAAGAUCGAAUGAAGGAGAUGAUUUGUGAAGAAAACAGCCAGACAUCUUGCCAGUGCCCAAAGAGUUUUGAUGUCCCAUCUGACAUUAGUCAGUUUAACUUAUAUUUUAAACUAAGAAGAGGAAGAUAAACAACACCUCGUGUAAAAUAUGGACAUUUUACUGGUUUAGCAAUGCUAUAAAAUACUUGCAAUAGUUUAAAUAGGUAAAUUCUAAAUUUAAUAUAUUUUUAUUAUAUUGAAAAUAAAAUUCAUGGGAUGAACAAAUCUGAAACGAUAUGGAAAUAAAAUGGCAAAUCAAAAUGGUAAACUUGCAGCGCCCUUCGUUAUGGUUCCUGCGAGUUGUGUUCUCGAUGUUGUUGUUCCUUACGUCCAGUGAGAGUGGUGGAGGAAAUACUUUAACAAGGAUUGUACAGACACGUUACGGGAAGUUGCAGGGGAUAGUGAAACCUAUGAAUCCUUCCAAACACUUAAAGCCUAUAGAAGCGUUCCUGGGAGUUCCUUACGCUACUCCGCCAGUGGCGAGCAACAGGUUCAGCCCUACUCGCACCCCAUCUCCCUGGGAGGGUGUUUUGGUCGCAGACAAAAUGAGCCCAGUGUGCCCUCAACAGUUUCCCGACGUCAGUAACGAAACUGCCGCAUUGCUGCGCAUGCCUGUUGGAAGACUGAGGUACCUGAGAAGACUUCUCCCUGAACUCCGUAACCAGAGUGAAGACUGUUUAUACCUCAAUAUUUAUGCACCUGCACAAGACGUAGCCGGUGGCCGGAUAACGCGACAUCCGGUCUUGCUAUACAUUCACGGAGAGUCUUAUUCCUGGAACUCCGGAAAUCCUUACGACGGAAGUGUCCUUGCCAGCUAUGCUGACAUCGUUGUAGUCACUCUAAACUACAGGCUUGGCAUUCUUGGGUUCCUGAAUGCUAACGCAGCCCCACACCUUAAGGCUAGAGUAGCAAACUAUGGGCUGAUGGACCAGGUGGCAGCUCUCCACUGGGUGCAGCAGAACAUCGCAGUCUUCGGUGGAGACCCAGGGAGUGUUACACUCAUGGGCCAUGGCACCGGAGCGGCCUGCAUUCAUCUCCUUAUCAUGUCCCCCACGGUCAUGCCAGGACUUUUCCAUCGAGCCGUGCUUCUCUCGGGGUCAGCCCUGAGCUCCUGGGCGAUAGUUGAGGACCCGGUUCACUCGGCUAUGAGGUUAGCUCGACAGGUCAACUGUACCGUACCAGAGGAUCUGUUCAGGGAUCACGAAGAGAUCGUGGACUGUCUUCGAGAUGUGCCACUCCAGGACCUGAUACGGAACGAUGUCCCCGCCCCCGCUUAUCUCAGUUCCUUUGGCCCCAGCGUGGACGGGGUCGUGAUCAAGACUGACUUCCGGGAGGACUUGCUCACUCACUUCCUUCCGGAUAUGCAAGGACUCAACUCCAACGUUAAAAGAAGUGGAGAGUCAAUGGGCGCUAACCGGUACGAUCUAUUAUUCGGCGUCGUCACCAGUGAAGCCCUCUGGAGAUUCUCCUCGACCGAUAUCCAAGGUGGUUUUGACUUUGAAAGGCGAGACAAGAUUUUAAGAACUUAUGUGCGCAACGCGUACGUAUAUCACUUGUCGGAAAUAUUCCUGACUGUGGUGAAUGAGUACACGGACUGGGAAAGGACUGUGGUACAUCCGAUUAAUACGAGAGACGCUACUGUCGGGGCACUAAGUGAUGCCCAGUUUGUGGCUCCCGUGGUACAGACAGGGGAUCUGCUGAGUACACCAGUUACCCUCGAGACUUCUCCUCAGGCUAACACAAAGUCUUACUUUUACGUUUUUGACUACCAGACAAAAGAUGGCGAUUAUCCACAGAGGCUUGGAACAGUGCACGGUGACGAGUUGACCUACUUCCUGGGAGCGCCUCUUGUAGAAGGGUUCUCACAUUUCCUGAAAAACUACACAAAGUCUGAAGUCGCACUGUGCGAGUCUGUCAUCACGUAUCUCGCAAACUUCGUGAGGACAGGGAAUCCCAAUGAUCUUCAGAAACAAGAAAUGACACUACCAAUCUCUAAAGAAAGAAACAGAUUUAGAUCGAUUGUGUGGGACGAGUAUGAUCCUGUUCACCAGAAGUAUUUGGAAAUAGGCUUAAAACCGAGGAUGAAAAAUCAUUUUCGGGCGCACCAGCUCUCCGUCUGGCUUCGACUCAUCCCGGAACUUCACCGUGCAGGCAUGGAGGAUGCUGCUGCCAGGCAUAAUCUGUUCCGUAACCAUGGAGAUGCCAGCCUGUACGACGGACCUGUACGCCCAGACCCCCUCUCUAGGACUGAUGACUUUAGGAGACGGCAAAACCCUGCAGUGAAUGGCACAGUGGCCGAGGUCGUCUUACCGAUCACCACCAUGGAGACCAUGGUGACCACUUGUGUGAGUGUUAUCGGCAACCAGGGGUACGUGAAUCCCCACGUAUCCAACAGCACUGACACGCUAGCCAGUCUGGAGGCUGCUGGAUACGCAGCCUACUCCACAGCUCUCAGCGUAACGAUCGCUAUCGGCUGCUCUCUUCUGGUGCUUAAUAUUCUCAUCUUUGCCGGAGUGUACUACCAGCGGGACAAGACGCGACUCGAGAUCAAGAACCUGCAGCAGCAGAGAAACUACGAAACCGGUUCGGUUAAACAUUAUCACCACAGCCAUCGGCCCUCCGCCAGUGUCAUUGUGGACGUCACGAGGGAAGCCUCCAAUGAGUCGCUGCCCUCCCCGUCAAUGGUCCACCCGGUGGCGACUCUGCCCCGACACCACCACGUGAUGCCCACGGCUACGCCUCGAGUUCCAUCGAUGACUACACUCCCGCGUAAUAUGACACUUUUCAAAUCCAAUGACCCUUUGGCUUCCUCCCCUCCCAACGGUUCAGUCACCAUGCACAUGUCACUUCCCAGGCCACCACCUCCACCGAAGUGCAAGUCUCCACCAGAAAUGACACCUAUGGUCGGUAACCACGUGUCGCCCACCACAAACACUCCCCCUAAAAGUGCUUUAAAAGUGCCCGCAGCCGCGAUGAACGAGAUGAGGGUAUGAUACGUGAGGCAGACCGACGGCCGGAGUAGCCGUUCAGUUCUUGUCCUCUUCUUUUGUGUAUAACUCUGUAAAUAGUUAUAAAUAACUCAAACGACGUAUUCACAAUUUGUAGAUAAGACACUUUAAUCUUUAGAUUUAUUAUAUUAUUGUUUACUGUUUACAAACGGAAAUAGUUAAAUAUGAAUUUAUUAUCUUGUACCCUUUCUGUGAUAUCAUUAGUUGAAAAUCUAUAUCAGCAUUUUAGAUAGUUUCUAUUUCACACACGAUUACGAAUAUUAUUUGUAGAAGGAAGGUUUUCUUACUAUAAAUUUGUACUGAGUUGUUAGUUAACCUAUUCAUUUAUUUCUUAUACUUCUAUUUUCUUUCAAUAGGCGAUUGUUCUUGUUCUCAAGUUUUCUAUUAAGAAUUCCAGUGCGUUAGUAAUCACAUAAAUCGUAAAAACAAAUCCAUUAGUUAUAAUUAUAAUAAAAAAACCUACCACGCAUUUAAAUUUAAUUUAUUACUUAAAGUUGGCAUAAAUAACACAAAGUUACUAGAAAAUAAAUCCACAACAAUUUUUUAAUGUAACGUGUUUUACCAAUAAGCAUUUAAAAUUCACAAAGUUACAUCCUAUUUUUAAUUUUUGGUAAUUUUAAACAAGACCAGAUAAAACAACCAUCUAUAAUACUGUGUGCAUUCCUGUUACGCAAACAACGCUAUGGCUUCUUUACAGUAUCCUUUUAUGAAAUAUAAAUUGAGUAAUAAAACUCAGUUGGAAUUAAAAUACAACAUUUUAUCCAUAAUAAAACUUUCCGAAUCUUAAAAAUGUUUUUAUUAUUCCUUUGUAGUGAAGUUGCUUUCGAAUAUUUGUUUGAAGCAUGUUCUCGCUACAUAACACCUCCGUUUCCAAAACGUUAAAAAAAGGUAUAGAAAUGUUUUCAGGUAAACUAAGUUAUGAUUUAUGUAACUUUAUUUGUUCUGUAAAUAAAUUAAAAACUUUCAACUUAUAUAUAAAAAUAACAAAUAUAAAUGUUUCCUAAUAUAUUAUUGACAAUAAAAUCAUUAUAUAAUAUUUAAUGUUUUUACUGAAAUUAAUAUGAAACUUACUUAGAUAAUAAAACUCAUAAAUUAAUAAGCUAAGAAAUGUUCAUGUUAUAUAGACUAAUAAAUUAUACGGGGUACAAAAUUAUAUAAACUUUUACUGGGUAUUUAAAGCUAUUUUCAAAUUUUGGAAAUUCUAUGUACAUAAACCAUACAAUCUUAUUAAAAUUAAAUCUGAUAUACUUUCUGUCAUACUAAUACACCAUAUAUAUUUUUAGUUCAUUAAGUUUCACAUUUGUUGAAAUACAAAAAUAAAACGUUUACACUUGUUACUUAUGCUAACUUUUAAAGUUAAAUCUAAAGAUGUUACCUAUAUUAUAAAAUUUUUACAAGUUUUAGUAAUCUGAAAUUUGUUGACAUGCACUAAUUUAGUUUUAUAUUGGUAGUUUAUUUUUCUUUAGUAAUUCCUUGCUGUAUUAUAAUAUUAUCUUAUCCUAUUAUGUUUUCUUAAUCUUAUUGUUUUAAACAAUGGGUGAAUUUAAACGUUAAAACGCAAGCGCUCAUUAAUAAAUACUAUGACAAUGA